UACGAAACUGCUAACAUGCUGCUGUGAAGCUGUGAGAAAGCGUGUUGGUUUGACGGACUUCAUCUGUUUGACAGGCGACGUUGCGGUAUAUUGUGUAGUGCCGGUGAUUCAGUGGACUGUUUUGACCGAGCAUUGAUAACCAGACUAAAAUUAGCUUGCUAACGUAACUUAAAAAUCUUGCCUGCAUUUAAAAUACGUACAGCAGCUAUGACAUUGAUGAUAAACAAAGAUUCAGCUGUUCUUCAGGGUGCGUUCCUCCUGGCUGAUAAGCUUUGUCACCCCUCAUCUCUGUCCUCCCUGCUGAAAGCUGACUGGAGCAGGGUGGGAAAUCCAGUCCUGGAGGCAGUCAGAGAAAUCAGCAGACAAGACAAACUCAGUGCACAUCCCACCACAACAUCUGCCGGCUGGAUAAAGAAAGUAGUUUGUGUUGUGUGGUUGAAGCUGUUGUGCAGGGAGACUGGAGAGGACGUGGAGAUGGCCUGGAGGGAGAACCCUUUCUUCCCCCUCCAGAACGGCCUCCCUGAAGUCAACCAUGUUGUCCUGCUGGAAAUGGUGAAGUCAAUGGCAGCUGCUCAGACAUUUGCCAGUUUCCUCUCAUAUCUUCCUCACAGUCAGAUCUGUACUGAGCUUGAAAGGCUAGUGCAACACGUGAGGAGCAGCCCUACUAGAGAGGAUGAUGCCCGACUUUUUCUGGAGGUGUGGUGGGAACUGUGGAAAGGCCCAGAUGAGGAAAAGGUGGGAGGAGAGGAUAGCAUGGAGACAAUGUUUGCUAGACAAGUUGCUCAUCUCUCCUCCAAGUCUUCCAACCUGUCCCCUCAGGCUGCCAAGAGGUUAAAGCUAGACCCGUCAGAUCUGCCUUCACCCACCACUGAUGUCCUGUACAUUCUCUUUCAAGCACUUAAAGACAUUAAAGAUCACAUAUCUACAACAGACCUUUGCCUCCAGGCCCUCUCUGUUUCUCUCGAUGCUCUUUACACAACCUUUCUGAUAGACCAAGCAGUCAUACUUCCACCCAAAGAGAGGAUACAUGUUUUGUCUAAAGUCGUCAGCAUAAGAGAAAGGAAUGAUGAGAAACUGAGUCCUGAACUUAUUCGGGAGGCUCAGAGAGACCUACGUGCGUCUCACACACCAUCUCAGUUUCAACCCAGCAGGAUGCAGCUUGGUGAAGCCUUUAAGAUUAUCACAGAUCUCGCUCAGUUUUGGCAAAGCAGCGGGCUUGUGAAAGCGUGUGACAGCACUAAUCCCAGCUACUCAGCAUUCAAACUAGAACAAAGUGUCCAGAGAGUCCUGACAGCUCUACAGAAAGCAGAAGUGCCUGAAACUACUGACAAGGAUAUACUGAGAGGUUUGCUGGAGUCAUUGGCUCUCCCUGCUACAGAGAGCAGCCCAGAGGUGAACGCAAGGGUCACCGCGAUCAUCAUCAGUCACCGCCUGGACGACUAUCAGAGCUUUGCAGUGUUAUUUGCCUGUGAGCAGAGCUGGGCCGCCUGUGAAGAUCACUGGAUGGACUGCUUGGAAAAGAACCAAGCAGCCUUCCAGCAGUGCGACACACUGAUCAGACUGACCUCCACCCUCAUGAGUAAACUCCACAGCGACAGCGCAAAUGUGAGCCACUGCAGGAAGCUGAUGAAAGUCAUCGCAGACAUUUUCUCUGCACUUUCCUUAGAGGACAAGAACAAAGCUUUGGCUGCCAUGCUGAGACUGUCCAGCAGGGGCUUCUUUGGGUGCUCUGUCCCCUCUGCUGUGGCCGAGGGGUUUGAACAGGAGCUCAACAUGGCCUUCAACUGCAUCAUCCAAGGAGGAGGUGGAGCAUCUACAGCGGUGUCGCAGGGCAAUCUGAACACAGCAGUCUCUUUAGUAGCGAGAGUUGCAUUUCAGAACCCAGAGGCCGCUGUCAAGUCUUGUUGUCAUUCAGCUAUUUUCAAUAAAGGUGCUUUCUCUCUUAUGGCUAAGAUCCUGCAGCAGCUGCCUGGACUCAGAGGACAGAGGGAAAAACAAAAGGAAGCUCAAAAUGAUGAAGAAGAAAGAAAAGAGGCAGAGGAAUGUGUAGGUGAAGGAAAAGAUGCUGUGAGUGGUAGUGGUCUGUUCUGCAGGUGCCUACAGGAAAUUAUCAAGACCAGGUCAUUGUCAGCCAAUGAAAAAGAGCAGUUCCUCAAGUGUAUGGGUCUGCUGAUGAUGCCUGUCAUGACAGUUGAGGGAGAAGAAAGGAGGCAAAGCUUUGUGCCACCUCAGGAGGUCGUGAACAUGUUCGUCCUGCCUAACCUCUCCACGAUGGGUCAAAGCUCCUUUGAUACAGAACUGAGUCUGCAGCUUCUCCACACUGCUUUGUCUGUGGAAUCAGAUUUGUCUCCCCACUGGGUGUUGGACUCCUCUCCCUUUCCCCUCCUCUAUGUCCUCUCCCAGCUGCACAACCAGAUUCUCAGGUGUUGGGAGCAGCCAGCAGAGGGCACUGUUCACCACUGGUCCAUGGAAACCAAGGAGCUGUUGGUGUCAGUGCUGACUAUGCUGGGGCAGGUGGUGGGUGCAGAGGUGGCAGCGGCCCCCAGCAGCUGGUCCAGAGCUCUUUUCUGGCUCUACAACAAGAUGGAGGAACUGGACUGGACUGUUCGUUUCCACCUGAAGCCAGUUUGGGGGGAGCACUUUAAAAAUGAAGUUCCCUCCUCUCUGCUGACUGUGUGUGAUCUACCUGAGCAGACGUGGACUGGGCUGGACCUGCCCCAGUAUGGCCAGGGUACAGGUCUUUUGGCCUGGAUGGAGUGCUGCUCUAUAUCGGACUCCCUGCAGUCCACCAUGCUGUCCCAUCUAUCUCUGGACCAGCGCCGGGUCGACCAUGUCAGCAUGUUCAGCAAAGGCCUGCUGGUGGCUCUGACCCAGACCCUGCCCUGGUGCUCCAUCUCCCAGUGGACCAGACUACUGAGAGUCCUGAGGGAGCUGAUCAUCUCAGGCCGCCUCCACGUCCCCUUCUCGUUGGAGUAUGUGGAGUAUCUGCCCCUCCUGGAUCUGAGGAGAUUUUCGUGUGAGCUCCGCCUGUCGGUCCUCCUGCUUCGAGUCCUUCAGCUGCUCUGCGGGUCCAGCUGCUCCCACUGGCUGCCAGUGGACGGCUGGGCACACAUUGGCAGGUUAUACGCCCACGCUGUGAGGGAUAUGAUGAACUCGGUUAGAGCCAAGCUGCCUCUUCCUUCAUCUGGUGCUUUGACUGUCUCUGCUUCGAUGUCUCCUAAAACACCAGCAUCUAGAGACGCCAAUCCUUCAUGCACUUCAAUUAAGUCUCCUAAAAUGUCCAGAGAGACUCAGAAAGCAGAAGACUCCGCUCUGAAAUCAAAAGAGUCGCAAAUGGAAGAAGAGGAGGAGAUGGAGACAGUUCCCUGCCAGGAAGUCCUUUUUGUUCUCAGCCAGCUCUUUUGCCAUGUUCAGCACAUACAGGUGAUGAUGCCAGGAGGCCAGUGUGAACCACUGUUCCUGUCCAGUCUGGAGAUCCUCAGCCACUAUGAGGCCAUCAUGGCAGCUUUCCCUCACAGCAGCAACCCGCUGGAGAGCGACAACACCCGACACUUCUUCUCCACCAUCACAGACAACCUGGAGAGCCCGGAGAUGAAGGCUGUACUGCAGCAGAAGAUCGCUCAGCUGGUCUCAUCGGCAGCUUAAGACACACUGAUUUUUCCAUGUUUUCCACUCGAAAUGCUUAAAUGAUCUCUGUUGCUUCUGAGUUUGUUUGCUUAUAAAGUAAGGACAUAAUUUCAGUUGUCAAUGUUGUCGCUGUACUUCGCUAAUUUACAGAGUUAUGGGUAAGGAGUGAUUAAAAAGCCAAUUCAUCCCAGCAACAGUAGCAUUCAUUUCUUCUGCUAAUUAUAAUGCUAAUUAGAUGUAGAGGAUACAUUUGCUAUUUAAAUGUACAAAUGUAUCGUCUGUACGUCUGGGCACCUUGUGUAUCCCUCCCUAUCAUCAAACCCUUCAGGAGAACACAAUAUCAAUACAUAAUUUAAUACAUUUAUUAAUUAAAGAGUCUAUUUUUUUUAUUUAUACAAAAAUAUUCUCUGCAACACAAGAUGAAAAACAGUUUUGUUAUAGAGUAACAUCUGACAAAAUUCACAGAUAAAAGCUACAUAAUGAUGGAGUGCAUGACAAGCACUCUGAACUGUUGAAGAGUCUCUGAUGGUAUUAGGGCAAUAGUUAGGGGACAAAAAUCAAAAUAUUUUGAAAAAAACUGAAACUUAAAUCUCAAAUAUUACCAUUUUUUCCGCAAAAUAUUUAGUCUCAUAAAAUUACAGCGAAUAUGAUUACUUAUUCUCUUUUUUUCGGUGGCCCUAACACUCUGUCACAUCAUCAGUCUCAGUGUAAGACCAUCUUAUUUUAUAAACAGCUGGACUCCUCAGUCUCUCCUCUGUCUAUCUUUGUUUCCAUCUUCCUUCCCUGUCUUAUGCCGCAGGUACAGUCUCUUAGCUUUCCUCAGCAGAAGGAUAAACCAGUAGAUUUGUGGAGCCAGGAUUGCCAGAUUACCCACAUUGCACUGCAGGGGCAGAUGGAAGGCCACUCUGUGCAGGGGAAUCCCAAACUGCCGGCCAUACAUCCAGUACAUGAAGGGGAAGAUCAGGAUCCGGCAUAUGAAGAAACUCAAGAGGACAAUGAUGCCAUUGAUUCUGUGCAGCCUGGUGUCAUCAAGGCCCAGCUGCACAUCAGGGGACAAGAGAAGGAAGGAACAUGAACAGGAGUAUAACAACAGCUUGUUUUACGUGAUAAAACAUUGGAACUUUAAAUCUUCAUUAGACACACAGGUGGGUGUCUAAGAAAAAAAUCUGAUAACAAAAGCAGAUGCUUCCAUGCAGGGCACGAGGUCUCACUGAAAGUUUGAUGAGUGCGGAAAUGAUGAGUGUCAGUUGUUAUGACCUUUACAGUCACCAGAUCUAAACCUCUAUCUAAACUGAACGACCAAUGGGAGAUUUUGGAUCAUCUGAAUGCUUCUUCCGCUGCAGCUGAUCAGUCUGAAUUGCAUUUAUCCAAAACACUUUACAAUUUGCCUCUGAUUUACAUAUUCAUGGCAGCGAGCUACCAUGCAUGGUGCUGAUCUGACCAUCAGGUACAGUUCGGGGUUCAGAGUGUGGACACUUCGACCCUGUGAAUAAUGGACAACCUGCUUUACCUUAAAACUGCCACAGCUGCCAAUUUUCCUCAUUUCAACUGGUGUUAAGUCACUGCUGAGAAAUGCGCCCACAGGAAAUGACACAAUGUAAUACUGUCCCUGAGACAGAGUGGGCAUUUCCCCAAGAAAAAGCUGGAACAAGCUCAAAUUUUUCUUCAGACCUUCAAAUAUUCAAACUUUCCCGUGUCAGACGGGGCUGUGGAACGGCUAUGUGGUUGUAAAUCGUAUCCCAACUGUGAAAACAGUGACUGGCAGAGCUCUGACUGUCUUUGGAGGGAAAUUUAUGAUGUUGUCCAGAUGGUCUACCUGGAUGAGAAUCUUUCCUAUAGAGACGAAAGGAGUGCUGAACUCUGUGGUGAACAGGCAUCCAAUGAAGAAAUCACCCAGUCCUCUUCUGAAGAACUGCAAAUCAGACACAGUGCAUAGUCAGCCUUCAUAUACACUAUCUAUGUGUGUGUGUGUUCAUUCCUGCCAGACCAAUCACAUCUAUGAACACACUGUAAGGAUGAUAGUGAUUCCUCCACAUACUUACCAGAGUGAUGGGCAUGAAAAUGAGAAGCAGCACCAGGUGAUGCAGGACCAACAUCCAGUCCUUCUUGAGGAAAGCCUUGACUGUCUGAAGAGAGUGGCUGCUGUCUGACCUGGAGUGACCUUUGACCUUCUGAAUAUGGUAGUGACUCAGAUACAUGGCGUAGAUGUCAUGGGCCAUGUAGGGAGCUCCGAACACAACGAACCCAUUGACCAACCAGUGGCUGUACGGUCCAAUUAAUGUUGUAAAUAUGCAAACA